AUGAUAAUUGCACUGCUCACAAUGUUAGUGGAGUUGUUCCGAGAUUUUAUAGAUAAGUCCUUAGUGGUUGUAGCUGAGUUCGUCGGAUCUGCCGAUGCACCAGUUGUAUUGUUGGAGUACUUGUAUGGGCUUCGCUUUUGUCGACACCGCAUUCUUCAUGACAACUAUACGCGAAGCGAGAAAUUCUUAGGAAACACACGAAUCGCUUUUAUUCGACAUCCUCUUGAUCGUUUUCUAAGCGGUUUCGUCAACAAAUGCAUUCUUAAGACUUCAAAUGAAGAGGAGGAUCACUGUUUCGGCUGUGCCGAAAGUUUAAGCUGUUUUGUGGAAAUAUUCCGUAGUCAAAUCUGGGGAGUGUAUUCGAAUAAACAAAUUGCGAUCAACGAGCAGAGGUCAUGCAACUUCAAGGAACAUCUACGUGAUUAUAUUUUAAUCUAUUUCGGAAGUGGAGGUGAGAGUGCAACGAAGGGGGCAGACGAUAUGUAUAGGGUAUUCGAGUAUGCCGGUGUUCCAGAGCAUUUGCGGGAUGAAAUACGUCGAGAAAUAUCAGUGGGCAAAUCACAUCAUUCCACAUUUUCGACUGUGCACAGAUUAAAAGCCGAACAAGAGCUGUUUUCCAAUCAAACUCUUCUAAAAAUGGUGACCGAACUGUACUACUAUGACUUCGUUAUAUUUGGACAUGCUCUGCCGAUAGCGAAACGUAUAUCCACAUGA